AUGUUGAAAAGAUAUACUACCUAUAGACCAUUCACAAGGCUUUUCACAUCCCCGAUGACAACUUCAAGACAAUUAGAUCCUGCUUCAUUGCACAACCCAUACUUUAACCUCAAACCUGGACAAAAGGAUAUUUGGUCUUUGAUUAACGAGACAGCGGCUGAAGCGCAGGAAGAAAAUCCGGAUAGGAAAAUAGUCAAUUUAGGGCAAGGUUUCUUUUCCUAUAGCCCACCUGAGUUUGCAAUUCAAGCUGUCGAUGAUGCGUUGUCAAAACCACAGUUUAACCAAUAUGCGCCAGCCAGAGGUAACCCAAAUUUAUUGAAACAAGUGGCUGCACACUACUCUAAGAGUUAUGGCCGCAAUGUGCCUGUUGAAGAAGUGCAAAUUACAACCGGAGCAAAUGAAGGUAUGUUUGCGGUAUUUUUUGGAUUCUUGACCCCAGGAGAUGAAGCUAUAGUAUUUGAGCCAUUUUUUGAUCAAUAUAUUCCAAACAUUGAAAUGACCGGUGCUAAAGUAAAAUACGUUGAGAUAAAGUAUCCUAAGAAGUUGGAUACUGAAACAGUGAAAGCUUCAGAUUGGGAAAUUGACUGGGAACAAUUGGAAAAGAGUAUCAAUGACAAGACCAAAUUGAUUGUCAUCAAUACUCCUCAUAACCCAAUUGGUAAGGUUUUUACAAAAAAGGAACUCCACAGAAUUGGUGAAUUAGUGAUCAAGCACAACUUGAUUUUGGUCAGUGAUGAAGUUUACGAGAAUUUGUACUUUACACCUGAUUUUCCAAGACCUGCAAACUUGAAAUCCUUACCUGAGUUGAAGGAGCGUACCUUGACAGUUGGUUCUGCCGGUAAAUCUUUUGCAGCUACAGGAUGGAGAGUUGGCUAUAUCCAAGGACCAGCUGCUUUGAUCAAAUACGUUGCCGCUGCGCAUACCAGAAUUUGUUUCUCGACUCCACACCCAUUGCAACAAGCAGUAGCUCAAGCAUUUGAACAAGCAGACAAGCUCGACUAUUUCAAUAAAGUUAAGGGUGAGUAUGUAAAAAAAUAUGAGUUGUUUACUAAGGUAUUUGAUGAUUUGGGAUUGCCAUACACUGUAUCUGAAGGUGGAUAUUUCCUCUUGGUCAAUUUAUCCAAGUUGAAAAUACCAAUUGAUUAUGAGUUCCCCGAAGCCAUUUCAAGUAGAGGAACAUUAGAUUUCAAAUUGGCUUAUUGGUUGAUCAAGGAGAUUGGUGUUGUGGGAAUCCCGCCAACAGAGUUCUUAAUCGAAGAGAGAAGACAGGGUAAUGGAUUAGAGAACUGUGUUCGAUUUGCCGUUUGUAAAGAUGAUGAAGUUUUGGAAGAAGCAGUAGAGAAAUUAAAGACGUUGAAGGACUAUUUAUAG